UUUCACGUCAUUCAAUUCUUUGUGUGCAUUUUAGAAACAGUAAAUUCUAAUUUCAAGUUUAAAGAAAUUUUAUAAAAAUUAUAAAAUGUUUUCUCUAUCAAAAAAUAUGUUCCCUAUACUCUUUAAAAAUUAUCCAAGAAAAGUAUCUCUAAAAGAUUAUAUUAGUGUAUUAACGUUAGAAUGCCAAAAAUUGUACUCAAAUAAAGUUGAUGAAAAAUUUGCAUUAAACCAUGAAGAUUUUGGUAGACCGCUUUAUUUUGACGCUCAGGCUACAACACCUGUGGACCCAAGAGUACUCGAUGCUAUGCUGCCAUAUCUUGUCAGUUACCAUGGCAAUCCACACUCCCGAACACAUGCUUAUGGUUGGGAAAGUGAAAGUGCUGUAGAAAAAGCGAGAGAGCAAGUUGCUCAAUUAAUAGGAGCAGAUCCAAAAGAGAUUAUUUUCACUUCAGGCGCAACUGAAUCAAAUAAUAUAUCUAUUAAAGGUGUUGCGCGGUUUUAUGCACCAAGGAAGAAGCACAUUGUUACCACACAAAUUGAACAUAAAUGUGUAUUGGAUUCAUGUCGUGCCUUAGAAGGAGAAGGGUUUAAAGUUACCUAUCUACCUGUGGAACAAAAUGGGAUUAUUAAACUGAAUGAAUUAGAAAAUGCACUUACACCAGAAACGAGUUUGGUAUCAAUUAUGACCAUCAACAAUGAAAUAGGUGUGAAACAACCCAUUGCCGAUAUUGGAGCGAUAUGUAAAAGUAAAAAAGUAUUCUUUCACACUGAUGCUGCACAAGCAGUGGGAAAAAUUCCUAUAGAUGUAAAUAAAAUGAACAUAGAUUUAAUGUCAAUUUCUGGUCACAAAGUUUAUGGUCCCAAGGGCAUUGGAGCUUUAUAUAUUAGACGUAGACCGAGAGUUAGGAUUGAACCUAUACAAAGUGGUGGUGGACAAGAAAGAGGAAUGAGGAGUGGUACAGUACCAACACCACUAGCUGUUGGAUUAGGUGCAGCUUGCGAAAUAGCGGAUCGUGAAAUGGCCUAUGACCAUGCUUGGAUGGAGAAAUUGUCUCAAAGAUUUUUGGAUAAAAUUAAUUCCAAACUAUCACAUGUUAUAAGAAAUGGAGAUCCAAAGGAAUCUUAUCCAGGCUGUGUAAAUUUGUCAUUUGCUUUUGUAGAAGGUGAAUCUUUAUUAAUGGCUUUAAAAGAUGUAGCUUUGUCAAGUGGGUCAGCGUGUACAUCAGCCUCACUGGAACCAUCAUAUGUGUUAAGAGCAAUUGGCACUGAUGAGGACUUAGCACAUAGUUCAAUCAGGUUUGGUUUGGGAAGAUUUACAACCGUUGAAGAAGUAGACUAUACAGCCGAAAAAACCAUCAGACAUGUUGAGCGCCUUAGAGAAAUGAGCCCAUUGUGGGAAAUGGUUCAGGAAGGUGUCGAUAUUAAAACAAUACAAUGGUCACAGCAUUAAAAUACAUUAUUAAAAAAAAAAUAAUCACAAUAUUCCCUCUUAGGAAUACUAUAAGAUUAGGUCCGUUAAAGAUCUGGAAAGUAUAGAUAAUAUAAAUUAUUCUUAUAUACCAUGAUUAUUAUGAACAGGAUUUCAUGAAAUUUAAUUUGACUUAAUAAUGCUAUUCACAUUAAUUAUUAAUAAAAAUAAAAAAAAUUACACCUAAAUACAUUUUAUAUUAUCAAAGACUUUGUUGCUAUAAACUGUGACUAUUGCUAAUUUAUAAUUUUGAUAAUAUUCUAAAGACCAAAUAUUAAAGUAGUAUUAAUAAAAUAUAAAUCAUAGAUAAAGACUUUGUUGUACAUUUGAAGCACACACCAUUGUCAUGAAAAUUUAGUAUCGAAAUAUCUUUAAAUAUUGUAUAUUUUUAUUGCUUAAAUAUAUUGUUUAAUUAAACUGCUUUUUUAAUGUCAA